AUGUCUACAGGCGAUCCUUCCCUGUAUCAAGCGGGCAAGCUGGGUAUCAACUUGGCGCACUUCGAUAUCAACACGAUGCCGCAUCUGGAGGGCGCUUGUCGGUCUACUGGGCGCGAAUACCCUGAACGCUCGCGACGAUCCGCGCAGCCCGGCCGGACGCCACAGCACAAACCCCUCGUUCCUCCUACUCGUGCUCGCCACCGCUGUCUAUCCGCUCUCCCUCCUGGCGUUCUUAUCUCCAACAAUGCGCUUACGUCGCUCGUCAAAAAUGGGUCUUACGCUUCGCUAUAUGAUGUGCCUCGCAGCGAAUAUGGACAAUCUCUUGCUCAACGGCAGUCUGUCUCAUCACCUCGUGCUCAUACAGCCGCGGCACAUCGCGUUGUUCUGGCGUCGGCGGUCCUUUCUGGCGAUACGCUCCUCUGGAUUGGAACCAAGAUAUAUUCGGUCUACACUCUACGCGCGUGCGAACAAGACCGUUCUUACUUCACCACGAACGUUUCCGCGCCAACACCCACGAAGCCUGGACGGCCACGCCACAUCCACCACCGCUGGCGCACUACGUGGAAAAUGAAGGGGACAACGUUCUGUUCGUGCGCACACGUGCCAGCCGGCGUUGGUCAGGGCCACGCCUACACAUGCGCCGCCCGGUCGCGGAUUUUGCGGAGCAUAGACGGUGUGCUCCUCGUCGAUGGUCGUCGUUGCCCUCGCCCGUCGUCGGUUCUACUUACUACACCGUUCACUGCCGGGAUUCG